CCGGAGUCGUGGGAACAUAACAUUUCUUCAAUGACAACUCCCGCCAACGGCCAAUCGUCAUGCCCCGUUCACAACCCCAGUACGCACGCCACUACGAACAGCGGCCAAGCGACUACACACGUCGGCAACGAGGAUGCAUGUCCCGUAGACCACACGUCUCUCUCCUCUAUUCCAAAAGUUCAGGAUGGAAAGUGGGUUUAUCCUUCAGAAGCACAAUUCUUCUCCGCAAUGCAGCGCAAAAACCACAAUCCUCAAGCUACCGACAUGAAGACUGUCGUUCCGAUUCACAACGCUGUGAACGAGCGAGCCUGGGGUGAGAUAUUGAAAUGGGAAGCUGGGAGAGGCGGAGACGCAUGUGGUGGCGUCAGUUUAGUCAAUUUCAAAGGAAAACCGGGAGAAAGGAGCUUGAAGGCCCGCUGGAGGACGCUCCUUGGUUAUUCGCCGCCCUUUGAUCGCCAUGACUGGGUCAUCAAUCGUUGCGGUACACCCAUGCGGUAUAUCAUUGAUUUUUACACUGGUCACAACCCGGGGUCUCCAAACAGCAAUCUCUCGUUUUUCCUCGACGUCAGGCCUGCGCUUGACAGUUGGGAGGGUGUGAAGAUGAGGACAGAACGGUUCUUCAGUCGAUGGUUCAAGUAG